UUAACAUCCGUCACGUCACGGCGCACGCUGCUGCAUUCGGGAAGUGUUUUUGAGCGUGUUUAGCUUGUUAUUGGGUCCGUAUGCGUAUUUUUCAUGGCGAAUGGAACAGGUGAAGUUGUGUUCUGUCGCGGGACUGGUCAGAGUGACGAUUCGGACAUUUGGGACGACACAGCAUUGAUUAAAGCUUAUGAUAAAGCCGUGGCAUCAUUUAAGAAUGCGCUUAAAGGAGAAGAUGAUAUGCCUCCAGAUACAAAAGAGAAACCUGGCAAUAAACGCAAAAACAACAAAAAGAGCAAAAGCAGAAAGAAGUGUAACACGUCUCCUGACGGAGAGUGGAAUGUUGGGGAUGCCUGCUAUGCGUACUGGUCUCAAGACGGAAAAUUGUAUGCUGCUACCGUUUCCUCGGUCGACCACGAGAAGGGCACCUGCAUCGUAUGUUACAAUGACUACGGGAAUGAAGAGGAACAGAAUCUAAGCGACCUUCUCACAGAAACUGUAGAGUUAGACGGAGAUUCACAAAAGGUGGCAGAUGGGAAAGUCGUGGAGUCUUCGACGGAGGAUAGUGAUCGGUCUUCUACUCCACAUCAAUCUAAUCAACAAAAAAACAAAGCUAAAGGCAAAGCUCCAGUGGUACCUCCUAUGUGGGGCCCUGGCUUUCCUCCUGUUCCUCCUCCUGGCUCUCACUUUAGAAUGUCUGACCGCAGAAGAGGAGGAGGCUCUGGACCUACUGUGCCUGGUUGGUCCCCAAUGAUGCCUCCAGGUCCACCGAUGAUCCCACCGCCACCACCGAUAAGUCCUGACAUGUUGGAGGAUGAUGAGGCUUUAGGCAGCAUGCUGAUCUCCUGGUACAUGAGCGGCUACCACACAGGAUACUACCUGGGUUUAAAACAAGGUCGCAAAGAAGCUCUUGCUAAGAAGUCCCACCACAAAUGAUGCAAUAAGAAGUAAUUCUGGUUAAAACUGACUUCAGUCUCUGAUGAUGCUGAAGUUCUACACAAGAAGCCCAUCUUCCACUUCCUGUUUUGUAAUUCUUUGUACAUAAUUUAAUAAAAUGUUAUGUUCUUUUUUCA